GCCUUCGAUCCUCCUCACCGGCGCGUCCGGUCCGGCGCCACUUUCUAUACAAUAUGACUUCCAGGUUGGAUCGUCUCCUCCUCCUCCUCGAUACCGGCUCGUCCAGCUCCGUCAGGAAUACCGCAGCCAAGCAGCUUGCUCAGCUCGCCGCAAAGAGCGUCAUCGGCGAUGUAUCUCUAGUCGAAGAGGAUGUAAAGGCAACCCGCCAACAUGUAUCGGUCGCCGACCAGUCUGCCUGGUCGGAGCUUAUGGCCGUUGUAGCUCGAAUUCUUCCAUAUUUACAUUCCAGGUCCCAUGAAACGCGCAGCGCUGCGUCUACCGCGCUCUCGCAAAUAUUCACUCUAGUACCGCUAUGGCAACCAUGUCCUGACGCGGACAGUAAAGAUCUUGAACCUCCCACCUCAUUACCGCCGCCAGAGUUCCCUUCGUUUUCUGUACGCGAACUGAUGGAGAAGGGAACACUUCUGCUAGCAUCCUCAGGGAAAGAAUUCACAAAGCCGACCGGCAUCCUAGCCAGCUCAUCCGAAGUGAAGAAAGCUCGCAAAGAAGCAAUGGGCCGCCUUGGUCUAGGCUUCCUCGAUAGCUUCGGUGAAGAAGAUGACAUGGAUAUCGAGAAGGAACUGGUCGCCGACGAGGUUGACCAGGACGCCGACAUGGAAGCUGGAACGAAGGUAGAAGAAGGCUCUCCUGUUUCGGAUACUGUCUUCGUCAAGAAAGAGCCCUCCCCUCCUACGCGUUCCAGGACGACCACUCCGGCUGUGGCUAUCAGUGAUACCAUCGAUGUAGCCAUGACAGACGACACAUCCGCGCUAUCCGCUCGCGAGCGGAACAGGUUGAAGCGCAAGCGCAAGGCGGGAAAUGGAGCUUACGUUGCACCUCCGCCUCAGCAAGCUUCUGGGUCGAAGUACACCGCGACGACUGCUGGGCAAUCCAAGGCAAGGCUCGUCUCCUCAGAAGACCAGUCCGGAGGCCAAUUCAGACGUGGUGGUCCGCUAUCUCCCCGUGACAAUUCUCCCCAAGAGAAAGUGGUCAUCGACCCCUCAAAGGGAGGUGCCGUAUCGCCCAAGGCCGAAAAGCAGUCGAAAGCACUUGAGGUUCCCCAGGGGUGCUGGGUAUGGGACGGUCUUGCGAAAAUCCUGGAAGUUGAUUUGUUCAGCCCUGCCUGGGAAGUACGACAUGGCGCCGCGAUGGCCCUUCGGGAACUGUUGAAGCUGCAGGGCAAGUACGGCGGCAUGCAUGCCGAUAUGUCUUGGGACGAUAACAAACUCGCUCACGAACGAUGGUGCAAUGACCUCGCGGUGAAGUUCCUUUGUAUAUUUGUUCUCGACAGAUUCGGAGACUUUGUUUCGGAUCAGGUCGUCGCUCCCGUACGAGAGAUGGUGUCGCAAACACUCGCCUCGCUCCUCCUGCACAUGCCUCGGCGGUCCGUGCUUCACGUGCACUCAGUUCUUCUCCAGAUGAUCCGACAGGAUUUCCCCAUUCCCGCCAAAACCUCGAAGGGUAAGGCUCAGGAUGGCAACGAGAGAGGCCAUGUGUGGGAAGUCCGCCACGCCGGCCUGCUCGGAAUAAAGUACGAAGUGGCUGUCAGGAGCGAUCUGGUGAGCUGUGAUAUACCUGUGGAUCAGGCCACCUCUCAAGAUGGCAAGGAAGUCCUGAGGGGCGUUGUCGAUGCGGCUGUGUUGGGGCUCGGUGAUCGAGAUGAUGAUGUCCGCUCCGUCGCGGCAUCUUGUCUGCUUCCGGUUGCAGGGCACCUGGUCGAACGCCUACCGGAAGAGCUGAGCCGAGUCCUGGCUGUGCUCUGGACUUGUCUGAGCUCAAUGAAGGACGACCUCAGUUCCAGCGUCGGCGCUGUCAUGGAUCUUCUCGGGAAGCUCGUGACGUAUGAAGAAGUCAUUGAGAUUAUUGCCGACGAGUCGAGAUCACAUCCCAUUACCGUCCUCGCUCCGACUCUAUUUCCGUUCUUCCGGCACACAAUUGUCAAUGUUCGGCUCGCUGUGGUGAAGACGCUGUCGACGUUCAUGACGGUCCAGUCUUUACCGAAAGAAUGGAUGGACCUUCACCUACUCCGCUUGCUCUAUCAGAAUCUGGUGGUCGAAGAACGGUCGGACAUCCGUGAUGCCACCCUCGCAGCAUGGCGGCUUGUCUUGUCGAUUAUGAGCGCCGUCGCUGGAUGGUUGGAGUCCCUGGUUACUCAGCAAGUUCUUCUGGAAUGGUACGCGGUAAUUAUGACGCCGCUGGGAUUGCCACUCGAAUCUUCGAGCUUCUACGAUCCCACGGUGACCAUGGAACACGACGGCGCGCCGGAGAGGCACAAUGUUGACAAGAACAUGCUCGCGCAAGAUUUAGCUCUCGUGUCGGUAGAAACCGUUCUAAAGGCGCGAAUAGCGGCAGCCUCGGCUCUGGCGUUCAUCAUGGCGUACUGGCCUAAUACAGGUCAGGGUAUGACGCUUGAGGACAUGUUCAAACCGAUCCUUGUUCACUACAUCGACUCGACAAGCAUGCUGCAAAAGUUCCUGGCGGCUAUCGUCUCCGAGGAAUGGGCAAAGGAUUAUGACGCUCGUGCCGGUCCUUCCGCUCCGUUGCUUACCAAAAAGUCCUCUCUCGCGGCUGAAGUCAGCGGAAAGACGCUCUCCUUUCUCCAAGCCGAUCCUCCCGCUGCAUACCACGAAAUGGCGUUCACUCUCGCGCGCAUCCACGGCGAAUGCUACAACCUCUUGCAGUCAUUCGCACACGAUUGCAAGCUUCCUCAGUCGUCGAUACCACCCCUGGGUAGUGAGGUGGACAUCACGGGUACGAAGCCAGAGUGCUUCACUAUCCAGACUGCACAGGACGCUGUCGGUGAUAUGUUCACGAAGCUGAGAGAUAGUUUAGGCCGAACGAAGAAGCGAGAGUUGGCGAUUAUUAAGGAGAAGCAGGCGAAAGUCAUUACCAGCAUUGAGCGGUAUAUCGAGGUGAAGGCGCAGUAUGACACACGGGUGUGUGCUGCAUUUGCCGCUGCGUUCGUGGCGUUCAAAAGCACUCCGGACAAAGUCAGCCCGAUCGUCAAAGGCAUCAUGAAUAGCAUCAAGAACGAGGACAACCAGGAUUUGCAGGCUCGGUCUGCCGUUGCUGUCGCGACGUUUGUCGAUUUCUGUACACAGCGCGGUCUUUUCAUGCCUCCGGAGAAGAUCGUCAAGAAUUUGUGCACGUUCCUCUGUCAAGACAUUGACCAGACGCCUACAUUCGCCCAAGCGCGCAAGACUCUAGGAGGCAUCCUGUCGUUCUCGAGGGGAUCCGGGACAAAUGGAAGCAGCAAACCAAACAUAGAGAAACCUGAGCUCACUCCUGCAGAAGCGGCUCAGGCGCGGCUGUCUCGAAGGGGAGCGCAACUUGCAUUCGUGGAGCUAUCGAGGAAGUUCGGCCCUCGAAUGCUGGAUGUGGUGCCGAAGAUGUGGCAGUCUAUGGCUGGCGGACUGCUCAGCGCUUGCCAGACUGACUCAGUGAGCAAGAUGGACAAGGCCAUUGAGAAGCAGUUCGGUCAAGAUCUCAUCGAUUCCUUCAGCGUUCUUGACGCGAUUGUGCCGACGUUCCAUGAGGAGCUCUGGCCAAAGUUUGGCGAGCUGUUCCCUAUGAUCACUUUGGCACUGCGCAGUAAGUUUGCGAUCAUCCGCCAGUCGGCUGCUCGGAGUUUUGCGACCAUUUGCGAUACAAUGACUGUCGAUGCCAUGCGAUGUGUCGUUGAAGCUGUGCUGCCCUUCCUCGGUGAUGAAGUGAACCUAGCGUACAGGCAGGGUGCGGUGGAAUUGAUUUAUCACAUCGUUCAGAAGCUCGAUAUCAAAGCAUUGCCAUACGUUAUCUUUAUGGUCGUGCCUGUCCUUGGGCGCAUGAGUGAUUCGGACGACGACAUUCGUUCUACGGCGACGAACACGUUUGCUUCCUUGGUCAAGAUGGUUCCAUUAGAAGCCGGUCUACCUGACCCUCCCGGCUUCUCGGCGGAAUUGAUGCAGCGUCGCGAUGCUGAGCGGCAAUUCCUCACGCAAUUGCUCGAUGGCAGCAAGGUCCAACAGUACAACAUUCCUGUCACCAUCAAGGCAGAACUCCGUAAAUACCAACAGGAGGGAGUCAACUGGCUGGCAUUCCUGGCGAAGUACCAGUUGCACGGCAUCCUUUGCGAUGACAUGGGUCUCGGGAAGACGCUGCAAUCGAUCUGUAUACUGGCGAGCAAACAAUAUGAACGCGCAAAGCGAUAUGAGGAGACCAAGUCGCCUGAUUCCGUUCAUAUGCCAUCGCUGAUCAUCUGUCCGCCAACCCUUACUGGCCACUGGUACUAUGAGAUCCUGAAGUAUACCGACAACCUAAAGCCUGUCCUCUACACCGGGAAUUCGAGAGAACGGAGCAGACUUCUUGGCAAGGUCGAGAAAUAUGAUAUCGUUAUUACCUCGUACGAGGUUGUGCGGAACGAUAUUGCCAGCCUUGAGGACAUGAACUGGCAUUACUGCAUUCUCGACGAAGGCCACAUCAUCAAGAACGCGAAGACAAAGUUGACCAAAGCUGUCAAGUGCAUACGCUCUCACCAUCGCCUGAUCUUGUCUGGAACUCCGAUACAGAACAAUGUCUUGGAACUCUGGAGUCUAUUUGACUUCUUGAUGCCUGGAUUUCUUGGCACGGAAUCGCACUUCAACGAGCGUUUCAGCAAGCCCAUUCUGUCGAACCGAGAUGGGAAGUCUAAAAGUGGUGAAGCAGCCGCGCUUGCCCUGGAGGCUCUGCACAAGCAGGUUUUGCCGUUCCUUCUGCGUCGUUUGAAAGAGGAUGUUCUCCACGACUUGCCUCCGAAGAUCAUUCAAGACUACUAUUGCGAGCUAUCAGAUUUGCAAAAGUAUCUGUAUGAUGACUUUUCCAAGUCCCGCGCUGGCGCUACUGCUGAAGACGUCAUCCGAUCCGACAAGGGGGAUAAACACGAACAACAGCAUGUUUUCCAAUCGUUGCAGUACCUGCGGAAGUUGUGCAACCAUCCUGCGUUGGUGUUGAAGGAAAAAGAAGCAAUAAUAGAUGCGUUGAGCCACGCUGGGAAAAAAGCCAAUUCGGCGGAUUUGAGCGAUAUUCAUUACGCGCCGAAGCUGCUCGCACUUCGACAACUUCUCAUCGAAUGCGGCAUUGGGUCAACGCCAGUAGUUGCUAGUGACACCGUCAAGACGGAACUCGCAGAUGCCGAGCCGACAACGACCGGGGCAUUCUCGCAGCAUCGUGUCCUCAUCUUUUGUCAGAUGAAGCAGAUGCUCGACAUCAUCGAGAAAGACCUCUUCAAGCAACACAUGCCCUCGGUGACUUACAUGCGUUUGGAUGGUGGCACCGAAGCCAACAAGCGCCAUGCAAUCGUGCAGACGUUCAACUCGGAUCCCAGUAUUGACUGCCUAUUGCUCACAACGCACGUUGGAGGUCUUGGGCUGACUUUGACCGGAGCUGAUACCGUCAUCUUCGUCGAGCACGACUGGAACCCGAUGAAGGAUCUUCAGGCUAUGGAUCGGGCGCAUCGUAUCGGCCAGAAGAAGGUUGUUAAUGUGUACCGACUCAUCACGAAGGGAACGUUGGAGGAGAAGAUCAUGGGUCUGCAACGCUUCAAGCUGAAUAUUGCGAACUCAAUCGUGACGCAGCAGAACACAGGGCUUGCAUCCAUGGACACUGAUCUGGUCCUCGACCUGUUCAGACGAACGACGGAAAAUGAGGACUCUGCAGUCAGCAAGAAGAGAGAGAAGGAGUCCUCGGGCGUGAUGGGGCAGAAGAAUGUCUUGCGAGGCUUGGAGGAUCUUCCACCCGAGGAAGAGUACGAGGGUUUGGACCUCUCGAGUUUCAUGAGCACUCUCAAGCACUGAUGAUUAAUCUUAUUAACUCAAAUCCGGACUCUGCCAUGCAUUAGAUAGAUGUUGUAUUCUGAUUGUAUUGAUAGGAUACCACUUACUUAUCGCAGUAUAAUUGGUCUUACGCAACGUAUCUCUCUCACCGUGGCUGUAUCGCAUACACGCUGUCUCUCUGAUUUCUCAGUCGAGCUUGUCAAGUUUACUGUCAUGAGCUAUGUGCGUCAAUUGCGGC